UCUGUCAGGGAAAGUGUUUUCCUUUUAACAGAGAAGUGAACAGAAGAGUAAAAACUGUGAUGAUAAUUUUGUGUUCCUAGACAUAUUAUUUAAAAGGAGUUAAAAAUUGUGAAUUAAACGAAAAAAAGUUGUUUUAAUAUAAUGUCUACUUCAAGUCAACAAGAAGAUGACCAAAUUCCGGAAGUUGUGGCAGAAUUAGAAAUGCUAACAUUUACAACGACAAUUCAAGAAACAAAAAGAGUUCUUCGAAGACGAUUAAUCCGAACAUGUGAUAAACGAAGAGUGAAAUUGAAGCCAGUGAAGCGUACCUUCAGCGAAAUGGAGAAUGAAGACGACGCUCGCAGAUUGUAUUUGAAUAAAUCGGUGAAGGAAUCGCCGCAUACAUUGGAGACAAUUUACGAGGAGGACGAGCACAUUGCGAUUGAUGCAAAUGAACAGCCGCAAAUGAGUACAAAACGUUUUAAGCGUAUGAUUAAUUUUCAAAGGAAGCCAAACGACAGUAAUAAGCAAAAGAAGCGUCGUUUGAAAAUAAAAAAAGUAUUCGGCUCAAAAUUGUCGAAGCCAAGGCGAAUGGAAUUAAAGGACGUUCUCAAGCGAUUAGAGUCGAUUCAUCAUUCAAAUUCAUCGAUGGACACCGAACAUAAUACGGAAUAAUUAAUAAUUCAUUUUAUUUGUAAACUCUUUCUUUUAAAUAUUUUUCUUUUUUCUAUUUUUCCCUUUUCCUCCAUUUUUCUUUCCUUCUUUUUUCUAUUUUUUCCUUUUCCUCCA